GGCGCCCCCACGCCCGCCCGUCCUGCGCGCCGCCCGGCCCCGCCCUGCCCCGCUCCGCGCCCAGCGCCCGCCGCAGCCUGACAGGAACGGGACGGAGCCAAGAUGGCGGCGGCCGACGGCGACGACUCGCUCUACCCGAUCGCGGUGCUCAUAGACGAGCUCCGCAACGAGGACGUUCAGCUCCGCCUCAACAGCAUCAAGAAGCUGUCCACCAUUGCGCUGGCCCUCGGGGUGGAGAGGACCCGCACUGAACUCCUGCCCUUCCUCACAGACACCAUCUACGACGAGGAUGAGGUGCUGCUGGCCCUGGCGGAGCAGCUGGGCACCUUCACCACCCUGGUGGGAGGCCCCGAGUAUGUGCACUGCCUCCUGCCCCCGCUGGAGUCGCUGGCCACGGUGGAGGAGACGGUGGUGCGGGACAAGGCGGUGGAGUCCUUGCGGGCCAUCUCACACGAGCACUCGCCCUCUGACCUGGAGGCCCACUUUGUGCCUCUGGUGAAGAGACUGGCGGGGGGCGACUGGUUCACCUCCCGCACUUCUGCCUGUGGCCUCUUCUCCGUCUGCUACCCCCGCGUGUCCAGCGCUGUCAAGGCAGAGCUGCGACAGUAUUUCCGCAACCUGUGCUCAGACGACACCCCGAUGGUGCGGCGGGCCGCAGCCUCCAAGCUGGGGGAGUUUGCCAAGGUGCUGGAGCUGGACAACGUCAAGAGCGAGAUCAUCCCCAUGUUCUCCAACCUGGCCUCCGACGAGCAGGACUCGGUACGGCUGCUGGCGGUGGAGGCGUGUGUGAACAUCGCCCAGCUCCUGCCCCAGGAAGAUCUGGAGGCCUUGGUGAUGCCCACCCUGCGCCAGGCUGCCGAGGACAAGUCUUGGCGUGUCCGCUACAUGGUGGCAGACAAGUUCACGGAGCUCCAGAAAGCAGUGGGGCCUGAGAUCACCAAGACAGACCUGGUCCCUGCCUUCCAGAACCUGAUGAAGGACUGUGAGGCUGAGGUGAGGGCCGCAGCCUCCCACAAGGUCAAAGAGUUCUGUGAAAACCUCUCUGCCGACUGCCGGGAGAGCGUGAUCAUGACCCAGAUCUUGCCCUGCAUUAAGGAGCUGGUGUCCGACGCCAACCAGCACGUCAAGUCAGCCCUGGCCUCCGUGAUCAUGGGCCUCUCGCCCAUCUUGGGCAAGGACAACACCAUCGAGCACCUCCUGCCCCUCUUCCUGGCUCAGCUGAAGGACGAGUGCCCCGAGGUGCGACUGAACAUCAUCUCCAACCUGGACUGCGUGAACGAGGUCAUCGGCAUCCGGCAGCUGUCCCAGUCCCUGCUGCCCGCCAUCGUGGAGCUGGCCGAGGACGCCAAGUGGCGAGUGCGGCUGGCCAUCAUUGAGUACAUGCCCCUGCUCGCCGGGCAGCUGGGAGUGGAGUUCUUCGAUGAGAAACUCAACUCUCUGUGCAUGGCCUGGCUCGUGGACCACGUCUAUGCCAUCCGUGAAGCGGCCACCAGCAACCUGAAGAAGCUGGUGGAGAAGUUUGGGAAGGAGUGGGCCCAUGCCACCAUCAUCCCCAAGGUCUUGGCCAUGUCUGGAGACCCCAACUACUUGCACCGCAUGACAACACUCUUCUGUAUCAAUGUGCUGUCUGAGGUCUGUGGACAGGACAUCACCACCAAGCACAUGCUGCCCACCGUCCUGCGUAUGGCCGGGGACCCAGUUGCCAAUGUCCGCUUCAAUGUGGCCAAGUCCCUACAGAAGAUCGGGCCCAUCCUGGACAACAGCACUCUGCAGAGCGAAGUCAAGCCCAUCCUGGAGAAGUUGACCCAGGACCAGGACGUGGACGUGAAGUACUUUGCCCAGGAGGCUCUGACUGUUCUGUCUCUCGCCUGAUGCUGGAAGAGGAGCCACCAUCGGCCUCUGGUGUCCACCCUCCAGCCCCCUCAUGUCGCUCCCUCGGGGAGACUGGCGGGGGCCUUUGGCUGUCCUUCCCUGUGCAUGGUCUGCCCCAGGCCCACCCCCAGCACGGUUCCUCUCUCCCCAGCCUGGGAAGGCUCCCCCCUGUCCAUCUCCCAAGGGACUGGGGGAGCGCAAGGUUGGGUAGGGCAGCAGCCCCAAGGAAAGGGGCUCUUCCCACACACAGCCGUGGGGGAAGCCAGCGUUGCGGCUCACUGGCCCCUGCUGCCGUGACGGGCUCUCCCCUGCUCCACUUCCUGUUCCUUCUGCCUCUUGGUGGUUUGUUUGUGUCAGUUGUGCCGUUUUUAUUUUAUUCCUUUUUUUCCCCUUUUCACAGAGAAAUAAAGAUCUAGAA